AUGGCCAUCGCCUCCGUCCUCACCCCGCACGACGUCCCCGCCACGCUCAACUACUACGCCCCUACUGGCGACGAGGCGCCGUACCGCUACAUACACCUCACCCCGCCCCCUGGCAAGCCCGAGCACAACCUCGGCGACGACCCACGCCCGGUCGUCAUCAACGACGCGCGCGGACGCGAGGAUAAGUUCAGCCUCGACGUGAACGGCUUCCAGUUCGCGCGCCAUGUUAGCGCCGAGAAGGAGUUCGUGGACGAGGAGAAGAUCCGGGGCGAGUAUUACAAGGAGAUCGAGCAGCUGCUCAAGGACGUGUCUGGGGCGAAGAAAGUGGUCAUCUUCGACCAUACUAUCAGGUCCGCAGUCUCCGGCGUUUCGCGAGAAAGCGAACGCGUGCACAUCGACCAAACCUACGAAGCGACCGUCAAGCGCGUGCGGCAGCUGCUUGGGGACGACGCAGACCGCCUCCUGCAGUCGCGCGUGCGCCUCAUCAACGUCUGGCGCCCCAUCGCGAACCCCGUCUUCCACAAGCCGCUCGCGGUGGGCGACUGGCGCUUCCUUGACGAGCAGCACGACCUCGUGCCCGUGCGCUACCUGUACCCGGACCGCGAGGGCGCGACGUUCAGCGUGCGCUACAACCCUGCGCACCGCUGGUGGCACCUCGCGCAGCAGACGCCGGAGGAGGUCACGUUUAUCAAGUGCUACGACUCGGAGACGGACCGCGCGCGGCUCACGCCGCAUACCGCGUUUUGGGACCAGUCGAGCCCGAGCGAUGCGCCGCACAGGCAGUCGAUUGAGGUUAGGGCGUUGGUGUUCGAUGAGGAGUAG